AUGGGGCGAAGCAGCAUGAUCUGGUAUGUGCCCGACACCGGUGAGAUCUGCGAUUUCCCCGACUGUGGCGGCGGUCGCGCUCCCCCCAAGCUCAACCAGCCCGGGUGCGCGGCCUACACCGGCACCGAGACCCUGACCCCGAGCUACCUCCCCGGCUGGGGUCCCAACGGCAAGGUUGCGCCGUCCACGUCCGCCGUCUCGGCCUCGGCCACGGAUGCCGAUUCCUCGACCACCGCUACCGAAGCCGCUCCUUCCGUUACUCAGACCGGUAGUACUUUGAUUACCGCUGCCCCUACCCUGUCCACUGGGGGUUCGUCUUCUGCCGCUGGUUCUUCUUCUCUUGCGGGUGGCUCGUCGGGCCCUGCCUCUUCUGCCGCUGGUUCUUCUUCUCGUGCAGGUGGUUCGUCGCGCUCUGCCUCUUCUGGUGCGGGUGGCUCUUCGAGUACGGCAUCGUCGGUUGCUGUUAAGCCGACUGAUAAUGCGGCUAGCGUGCCGGGUUUGAAUGCGGGUGUUCUGGCUGUUGCGGGAGCUUUGGCGGGUAUCAUAGCCUUGUAA